AAAUAUUAAUAUGUCAUGAUUAACGCUCAAUACGAUAUGGAGAGUGAGAGAGUGAAUGAGUGAGUGAAUGAGACAGAAUCGUAAAUGGGAGCGAUUGCACAUGAGGAGUGAGUUAUUAUAUUCAAUGUUCAGGUAACUAGUUUUCAGAAGCUUAGUUAGUAUAGACGAAGAAGAGAGAAAGUUGGAAAAAUUUUCUUCUCAUGUUAUCUUCAUGUUCAUCACACUGAUUUAAUUGACAAUCAGAAAGAAACAAUAAUCAACCAAGUUAGUUAGUUAAUCAAGUUGAUUCUUUGCUUUCUCCAUCAUUCAACUUUCCUUUGUAAUUCUCAAUGAGCAAUUUCAAGGAUGAACAAGAUGAUGAAGAGGAUGAUGAACGAUGUGAAUUUGAUGAACAAGAAGGAAACAGAAUUAAAGUAUUUACCUUUUAUUGUUACAAUUAAACUGUUGUGAUCUAAAUUGUGUGUGAAAAACGGACAAUCAAGUGAAAAACGUGAUUGAAACAAAAUUGUUCACCUUUAAUUGUCAAUCAAAGCCACAAAUUAACCAAUAACAAUUUAAUCUUUCAAUGAUCAUCUCGUCAAAGCUAAACAAUAAUCAUAAUGUUUAUCGUUAUCAUCAUGUAAUCAUAAUAAAGUUACACUGAUUAUAAAUUGUUAACUGAUUUUAUGUGAAUUUUGGUUACAAUUUAUCAUCAACAACCUUUGAUAAUUUCAAUAAUCAGGUUUAAUUAUGAAAGAAUCAACUUCCAGAGUUUAUAAUUUAGUUGAUUUUUACAAUCAAUCGGAUCCACUUUUCUGGUCAAAUGUAACUGAAUGUGUUACAAGUGCAAGUGAUAUUAGUAAUGAUCUAAUUAAUUUAAACAGUGAUAAAGACAAUGGUACUUGGCUCAACAGUGGAAUCAAAAGUGCGACAAUUAACUUGACCACCUCUCGGAUUCUGGUUGAAUGUUUAAAACUACGAAUCGGAUCAGCACCUUAUAUUUUGGUUCCAUGGGCACGAAUCAUAUGGAUAUUAUUGUUCACCGGUAUUAUAACCACAACCGUGAUUGGAAAUGCUCUCGUUAUCUGGAUAAUUUUGGCCCAUGUCCGAAUGAGAACGAUAACCAAUUUGUUCUUACUCAAUUUGGCCUUUGCCGAUCUAUUAAUGGCUCUGUUUAACACCGCAUUCAACUUUACAUGGAUGUUGAACUCACAUUGGCCUUUUGGUACAAUUUACUGUUCGAUCAAUAAUUUCGUGGCCCAUCUAACGGUCUUCUCGUCGGUCUUUAUCCUCACUGUUAUGAGUAUUGAUAGGUAUAUUGCUAUUGUGCGACCAUUAAGCUCACGAAUGUCCAGAAGAGCGACAUUAAUCAUUCUUAAUCUAAUCUGGAUUAUCGGUGCGAUAAUCUCAUUGCCUAAUUUAUUAUUCUCAUUGACGGUAACGUACAUUUAUCCUGAUGGUUCACUACGAACUGUUUGCCUACUAAAGUGGCCUGAUGGGUUUGCUGGUUACUCUUCAACUGAUUAUGUGUAUAAUAUUGUUUUCCUCUUGAUAACCUACAUUGUGCCUGUCAUGACAAUGGCAGCUACUUAUCCUCAGAUGAUCUCUGUCCUUUGGGGAGGUCAAAGUAUCGGUGAGAUAACUGACCGUCUUAAGAGUGCAAUUAAAGCCAAAAGAAAGAUCGUUCGCAUGUUAAUUGCUGUUGUAUUUAUUUUCGUCAUCUGCUGGUUACCUUAUCAUAUCUAUUUUCUGAUUAUAUUUCAUUUUCCAAAAAUAUCACAUUAUAAGAAUAUACAAAACAUUUACCUGGCGAUCUAUUGGUUAGCAAUGUCCAAUUCAAUCUACAAUCCUGUGAUAUAUUACAAAAUGAAUGGAAGAUUUCGUCGAUAUUUCCAAAGUAUAUUGUGUUUCUGUUGUUCUAAUCAUAAAGAUCAAUAUGAUUCAAAGUGGAAUAAUUUGUCAAUGAGACGUCGAGUUGCUGGAAAAAGAUUCUAUCCCAAUAAUUAUAAUGCCGGUGGAACCAAUAACACCGCCAAUACAAGUCCCACCGGCCUUGGUGGGGUCGUUAUUGGUAAUGGUUAUCGUUCAAAUUAUCGUAAUAAAAAGCAACAAUCAAAUUAUGCCAACAAUUCAACUCGAUCAACCCAUUCAAAUAAUACUAAAUCAAUUACCAAUGGUUCAAUUGAUAUGGUUCCGAGGUGUACAGAGAUAAAUUCAAAUUGUUCAACACCCUGAACAUGAUCAAUUUUAUUAUUGUGCUAACGAUUAACAUGAAACAUGAUUUAAUUGUAAAAACAACAACAACAACAACAAACUAAAUCAAAUCAUAUUGUACAAAAAUAAAUCAUUAUGUUUAUUAUUAUAUUAAUAGUUGACUAUUUUAUAAUUGUUAUAUAUGAUUAAGUUGAUUAUCUGUAAUGUGAUUAUCAUGAUUAAAUUGUCAGGUUAAUUUUAGUUCCAAUGGUUGAUUGUUAUAUUGAAUAUGAAUAAAGCAUCAAUUGUGAUGAUAACAAUCAUGAUAAUCAAUAUUUACACAAAUGAUAAAGGUAAACAAUUAAUACCAUUGGAUUUGAUUUUCCAUCAAUAUUAAUUGUAACAGUGACACUGAUUAAUCCAAUUAAACGAUGAUAUUCAAUUGUCAUUGAUAAAUAUGAUUUUUAUAGUACAUAACAAUUAAAUCAAUUGGCAAUACAGUUAUUAUUUGCUAUUGAUUUGGACAGAUUCAAGUGAAAUUUAAAUUAUUGAUACAAUCGAAAUGAUUGAUAUCAACAUUUUUACACUUAAAGUGAUCAGAUUAAAUUGUUGCCUGAAAAUAAUAUACUAACAAUCAAUGAUCAAUAAUGGCUUUUGUUACUGUUAAUGGUUUACAAGUGUAUCUAUUAUGUAUCAUGAUAAUUCAAUGAGAAUCAAUAAAAUCGCAGGUAAUCAAAUCAAUGGAAGGAAAAACAAUUCCUACAGUUUUAGGAAAAAGUUCUCAACAAAAUGAUUGGUUGAUCAGAAUUUUUCAUUUCGAACCAAAAAACGUAAAUGUUCAAAUUACGAUUACAUCAAUUACCAUUUUCAUUUGAUUCUUUUCCAGCCAGAAAUCGGGAUAAUCAUCAUGGUUGUUGAUACAACUUUUCAAAUUCUCCAUCAUUAUCAUGUAUUAGCCUUUUACAAUUUUCUCUCUCUCUCUCUCUUCAUGAUGAUUUUUUCUUCCAUUUAUCAAAAUUCUCAUUCAUUGCUAUUAUCAUCUUCCACCAUGAAGCCAGAACUCCAGAGUUCAACCAGCAUGAGAGAUUCUGAUCUGCUAUCAAGUAUUAAAAUCACUUCAACAUCUUAUUCUGGUUCCUGGUUUCCUAUGUGAUCCACAUGAUAAUGUUUACCUUAUAUCAUGUUCCUGUUUCCUUAUAUCAAUAUUUUCAUGUGAUGGUAACAAUUAAGUUAAUGAUGAUUAAAUAACGAACCUCAAUUCUGUUCCCAGAUAAACAAUUUAUUUUCAUUGUUCUCACAAAUUUGUACAGUUGUUCAAAUGAUUAAAUGUUUUCCCGUUGUGUGUUUGAUUAAAGAUUAUUGUAAUUCCUUCAUUAACAAUUAACCAUAAAUCAGAUGAUUAAAUUAACCUAAAUGGAAACUUAAUCGUUUUUUUUUUGUUAAUAGAAUUAAACUUUUAUAUUUAAAUGUUUUCCAGCACAUUUGAUUUGCGAGCUAAUUGUUUUGGUUAAUUUUUCAUCUUCAAAACUUUAACAUUUUAAAUUAUGAAAAAAAAAUCAGAGUCUUUUGAUUUAGAUUUUUCAUCUUAAUUGUUAUUAGUGAUGUUUUUUUUUCUUGUUUUGUUUAUUAUGUAGAGAUGGACUUGUGUUUUGUUUGUUGCUGAUGAUAACUGAUUAAUUGUUUUUGUUUACAAAAUAUUAUCUUUUUUCACUAAUGCAACAAUUUUUUGUGUCGCUUGAAUUGAUGAGUUUACAAAUGAAUUUUAUAUAUAUUUAUAGAGAGAGAGAGGGAAUCGGGUAAAAGAAGGAGAGAAACAAUUUACUGGGAGUGAGGUAGAAAAAGAGGGAGCGUUUGUG